AGCCGAGCGGUGCGGCGCAUGCGUGGGGGCGGGGUGUCCCGGCAGCGCCCGCUGCGAGACCAUGGUGGCUGCGGCCGUUAGGGGGGCGGCGCGAGCCCUGGGGGGCGCAGCGGCCGUUGGAGGGGGCGCGGCGCGAGCGCCGAGGGGUUGGGGCUGGGGCGGCAGCAGCCGCCGGCUCUGGGCGCCGUCGGGACCAGCAGCGGCCGUUGUACGUUCUCCCGCGGCGCCGGGCGCGCUGAGCCCCUUCGACCGGCAGCUGAAGCGGAAGCAGAAGAACUGGGCGGCGCUGCAGCCGGAGCCCGCCAAGUGCGACUACCUGCGGGAGGAGGUCGGCGGCAGAGUAGCGGACAGGGUGUUCGACAUCACCAGAGCAUUCCCUCUUGCUUUGGAUGUUGGCUCUGGAAGAGGUUACAUAGCUCAACAUUUAACUAAGGAGACUGUUGAAAAACUCAUUCAAGUAGAUAUUGCAGAGAAUGCUUUAAAAAAUGCUAGGGAAACUGAAAUCCCUACAGUCAAUGUUGUAGCUGAUGAGGAAUUCCUUCCUUUCAAAGAAGAUACAUUUGAUCUUGUUGUUAGCAGCUUAAGUUUACAUUGGGUGAAUGACCUUCCUAGAGCUUUUAGAGAGAUUCAUCAAGUUCUUAAGCCAGAUGGAGUAUUCAUUGGUGCAAUGUUUGGAGGAGACACUCUGUAUGAACUUCGCUGCUCUUUGCAGCUAGCAGAAUUAGAGAGAGAAGGGGGAUUUUCUCCUCAUGUAUCACCAUUCACUGCUGUCUCUGACUUGGGGCAUCUGCUGUCAAGAGCUGGCUUUAACACUCUGACUGUGGACACUGAUGAAAUUCAAGUAAACUAUCCAGGAUUGUUUCAGGUUAUGGAAGAUUUGCAAGGUAUGGGGGAGAGUAACUGCUCUUGGAAUAGAAAACCUCUGCUACACAGGGAGACAAUAUUGGCAGCUGCAGCAAUAUACCAAGAAAUGUAUGGAAAUAGUGAUGGCUCAGUCCCUGCCACAUUUCAGAUAUACUACAUGAUAGGCUGGAAAUUCCAUGAAUCACAGGCAAGACCAGCCCAGAGAGGUUCUGCAACAGUUUCAUUUGGAGAUCUGGCAAAAAUAAAUGGACUUCUUUCAAGAAGAAAAAAAUAGCUCUUUAUCAAAAACAACAGUUGUUUAGGAGCUCUCAUAAAACUUCUCAUUGUUGAAGGUCUCCACUUUGGUGGGCUGCUUCUGUUAUGACACUUCAAAGUGGUAAUAAUCUGUAUGCAGCAGGGUGGGGGUUUUUUUUUCCAUUUUUUUCCUUCUCAGCAGUAGCUGUGUAUUUAAAAAUAAAAAGCAUUCAUGAAUGCUUCUAGAGAAACAUUUUAGCAGUACUGUACUCUAACUGAAUAAAUGCUCUCCCAACUUUUGACAAA